CACUCGGAUCUAUAGAACCUAUAGACAGCUAGUGCAUUCCCCAAUAUCCACAAUUAUUGUUAUAGGAAUCACAAAAUGGCUUUUACAUUAAUUUUGACUUUGUCUAUGCUGGGAUAUAGUUCGGCAGCUUCAUGGGGUUAUGAAAACGAUGGUGCUGCGACCUGGAAAGAUACGUUCGCAACAUGUGGUUUGAACUCUCAGUCUCCUAUAGACAUACAAACUGAAGGUGUUGUAGUCAAUGAGGAUCUCGGAACCGUCACGUUAACAGGCUAUGGUGGAAGUAUUGCAAUGAACAUGAGCAACACCGGAUACACUGCCAAGGUAGUAUUCAACGGUGAUCUGUACGUAGAAAAUGGUGGACUUCCAGCUAAAUAUAAACUUGAUCAGUUCCAUUUCCAUUGGGGAUCUGCAAAUACGAACGGUUCAGAACAUACUAUUAAUGGAAACGCCUAUCCAAUGGAAGUUCAUUUUGUUCACUUUAAAGAUUCACUCGGAAGUCUCGGAGCCGCUGUCAGCGAACCAGAAGGUCUAGCUGUACUUGGAUUCUUCUUCGAGAUCAACGGGACUGACAAUACAGUGUUAGACAACAUCAUUGAUCACUUGGCUAAUAUUACUGAUCCUUCAGGUAGCUCAGAGGUUGUCUUAGACACACAAAUACUAGAAGAUUUAUUGCCCAGCAAGUUGGCUAAUUUCUACAGAUAUUCUGGUAGUUUGACCACCCCACCAUGCUCUGAAACUGUCGUGUGGACUGUAUUCGAAGACACCAUUAAAAUCUCAAGCAGCCAGAUGGCCAAAUUCAGAGACAUGCUUUCAUCUGAAGUUGACGGUCAAAACAACACAAUAAAUUUACAGAACAACUACCGUCCAGUUCAACUGCUACACAGUCGUAAAGUAUAUUCUAGUCAUAAUAUUAACAGUGCAUCAUCAUUGAAAGGAUUGGGGUUAAUGCUUACCUCCCUUAUCGCUGCUAUUCGUUUAUAAUUAGUUCAAUUCUUUUAACUUAAUCUCUUAUUCUUUUAUUUAACAUCUGUUUUUUCUUCAUUUUUUCUUCUUUUUACUUGUGACACCAGGCGCCUUAUUCUCGAAAACUUAAGUAAGAGAUAUACAGUAAUCGGAUUGGAUAAUGAAACUAAAAACUUAAAAUCUAUUUUUGUGAUUGACCAAAACUAAAAGUUAUACUUCUUGCUGUCUUUUUGUGUUGAAUGAUAUUAAAAUAAAGUUUCACGAUCGAAUAACAUGAAGCAUCCAGUCUUUCUCCAAAUGAUUUGACUUCCCACAAUGCCCUGCAACUCAGGGGAGAAAACCACAUAAUAAACGAAUAUCAGACCACAGUAAUAAAAUUAUAUUCAUCAGAAUUUUUUUUAAGUUGUCCAGUAAUCUUAUUUAGCGACUAUAGUCAUAUUGACUAUGUACAAAUCGUGCAAAUAUAAUUAUUUACAUCAGGGGUAUUCUUGUUCAUGUUUUGAAAUUGUUCAUUGAGUUACAUUGUAAUUUGCAGGACUUUUAUUUUAUUCCCUGUACCCUUUCAUCAAUCAGAUCAGCUGUAAGGUAGAUAUACUAUUUUAACUUAUAAUGUUUAGUAUAUCCACCACCCAACGCUCAAUCAAACCUUUAAAUAAUCCUAAAUCGAUAUUUAGGAGAAGAGAUGCUAUGGUAAAAUACUCCUUGGUUUUUUGUACAAUGUAGAUUGUUGAAACGCUGUAUACAAUACAAGUAAGGAGUAGUAUGCCAUAAAAUUGUGUUCCGUUAUUUAAAACCUCUAAUUGGAAGGUAAAAUAAUUUAACAAAGGUUACUUUAUUUCUACUUUCAUUGCUGUAUUUUAUAUUUAUAUGAAUAUUAGCCUAAUAAAUCUAGCCCUACCCGUGAUAUUCGGAUGACCCAGUUCCGAUAUCCCACACGAAUAUCACGUCGAAGGAACUGGGUCGGUCUAGAUUUGUUGGACUAUAUGAAUGUAUGACUUGUUUGUUUAUUAGUUAUAAAAGUUCGUUAUUUAUUAGAUGCAUACUUAAAUAUGUGCAAAUAAAUUUCAAUAUACUUCUUGUAUAUAUUGUAUAUUGUAUUAUUUAACUUUGACUAUAUUUAUUGUAAAUAAUUUUGACAAUAUUUUGUAAAUAAAAUCACCAAGAUUUGUGAAAAUCCA